AUGGCCGCGCGCCGCCCACCUGCCGGGCCGGGGGGAACGGUGGAUGACGUGACGUGGGCGGCGGCAGGCAGCAGGAGACGAGCCGGUCUAGAAGCCAGGGAGAAGAGAAGCGCCGAGGCGGCCGUCGAGGAGGAACGCCAUGGUCGACGGCGGAGGGCCGGCGCGGCCAUCGACCGGCGCCGCUGCGAGGGAAUUCCCACGGGCCAAGCCCUCGCCCUCGCCGGCCCCUUGGCGCGCGAGCCGUCGACUUUCUGCUCGGCCGAAUCCACACGACGCCGACCCCGUGGGCGGCCGGAGGGGGUGGUGAGGGGGAGGGGGUUGUGGAGGGGGGUUGUGAGGGGGGGUUGCGAGGGGGAGGGGGCGCGAGAUGAGGGGGCGCGAGGGCGGGGGAGGGAGCUUGCGGGGAGAUGA